AUGGACCCCAUCAACUAUGGCCACUUUCCAACUGGUCCCGCUCACCCUCCACCAAGCGCGCUUGCGUUUGACGAGUUUGAUCCCAUGUUCUUUGAGCUCGGAUGGACGGCACAACACCCUCAACCCUCUUCUCUGCAACCCAAAAUGCUGGAUCCGAACUCUUUGGACUAUGUCCAAUAUACGCAAUGGGCAGAAAUGUCCGGCACCAACACGGCAAUUGGACUGCCCCCAUUGUACGAACCGUCGGGGCAGUUUUCGGCACCGACCUCGUAUCCAGAGGUAAUCUCUAUCAACGAUGAUCAGCUAGUCUUGGGUGACGUUACAACGUCGACGCGAAGCGCGCUGCAUGGGUCCAAUUCCUCCUAUUCGGACGGGUUUUCUGCUUAUGCGAGUCCGUCCCAUUCUCCGAGCAACGUCUCCCUAUCGCCGUUUCCGACGAGCCCGCUCAGCCUCUCCGGCGGUACCCUAUCAGCGAGUCCGGCGAUACUCCCCAUCAACCCUACGAGCUACUCGGACAAUGGCAUUGACAUCUUCAACUCGUAUGACACGUUCCUAUCGACCAGCAUCCCAAGCAUGUCCCUUCCGCCCAGGGGAGCUCGAGCAUCCUCCUUAUCAACAGUAGAGUGCUCUCCUACACCCUCACAAAUCUCCCUUUACAAAUCAGACAAAAUUGCUGCGCACAAGAGCACCAGACCACGUUCGAGCACGGGGGCGAGUGGAAAGCGAAAGAGCAUACACGGCGAAGCGACAUGCGCCGAAUCUCGCGCAAACGCAUGUACAAAAUGUCCACAACGUUUUGCACGCGCGCGAGAUUUGAAGCGACACUUUCGAUUGCACACGGGCGAAAAGCCGUACCGGCCACGCUCGCCCGCGACGCAGCCAUACUAUCCAACUGCGGACACUGCGACAUUUCGAGACCUACUCCUGUUUGAAGAACGCCUCAAGCGCAAUGCCGGCCUCUUGAAGCGUAGAAAGUCGCGUUAUCAAUUCUACUUGCUUUUGCUCGUCACUGCCGUCCUCAUCUUUCUCUCCGACGUUCUGCUCGAGACGGAAUUAUUUCUCCUGCCACUCAACCACGCUGUAUACUACUACUACAGCUAUACGAGGUCACUAGAAACCAUUCCCAAGCGAGAUCUCUGGCGAGCAGAGGAUGAUGCCGACGCGGGUAUCUACUUUCACCUCCCACCCUAUGUCAAGACGGGAUGUCUAUUCGUUCUAGGUGUAACGCUCUUUCUCUUUUUUGCCAGUGGAAUGUAUUCCGAACGUGUCGGUUAUGCCAACAAAUAUGUCCCCCACGCAAACAAGGCCCUUCGAUCAUUCAACAUGUAUCUCAAUGUACGCACGCAACCGCUCCCGUCUCGCCUCUCGCGCAUGGCCGCGAGAAUUGGACUAGGCCCACUCUUUGGAUCGCAUACACCCAAGGAAACGUCGCAACCCUCUUCUCCACUCCCUAUCACACCACGUGCGCGCACACGCUCGCUUUCUCCGCCGUUUGGCCCCCGCCGAGCAAAGUCCCCUACGACAGAUGGGUCGUAUGGUGUGAUACCCACCAUUCCACCUUCGUCCAAUCCACGAGGCGAACUCAUCUUUUCCUCACGCGUUCAUGCGGCCUUUCGCGAGGGAUACGAGCGCUACCGCGAAAACUAUGAGCGGCGUCUGCAGAGCGGUGGAGUACUGGGGAAUCAAGGUGGUGCUGGAGCUGGGAUGAAGCGUAGUUUGCUCGAACGAUUCAAGGCGUCGUUUGGUGGAGGCGGGGAUACGCCUGCGUUCGGUACGCCUCGCGGGGCAGAGACGCCAUUGAGUGGAGAGUUCAUGGGUUCCUCUGGAUCUCCAACAGCUGGGACACCAGGGACGCUUCGUGGACGGCUUUCGUCUGGGAGUACGCCUUCGGGAUCGAGACGGUCGAGCCCUGCGCCUGGAGGCACUACUGGUUCUGCUGGAGGAGCAAGUCCGACUGGAAGUGUGGGUCCAUCUGGGACGCUGGGGAAAAGGGGGAGUCGGAGACGGCAGGGUGCGAGGAUUAGUCGGCAGGGGACGCCGUUGUUGGAAAUUGUCGAGUCGAUACGGGCGGAUGGAGUCUCGGUCGGAGGACAGAGUACCGCUGACUCGACGUCAACUUUCACUACCGAACCUGGGACAGACGAUGUUGCAUCGAGUGGCGCUCCAGACUCUUCUCCAGCGCGGCGACGAACGCGGCCGGCGAGGAGUCGAAGUGGGAGUUAUGCAGUUAGUUAG